CACACACACCCACAUUCCUGCUUCACCCUUCCCUUCUUCCACCAUUCACAACUUCAGCUGCUGUAAGGAUUAGCAGUUCACACUGACAACUAUGGCCAAGGACAUGACUCUGCUGUGGGGCUCCGGCUCUCCUCCCUGCUGGAGGGUGAUGAUCGCUCUGGAGGAGAAGAACCUGCAGGGAUACAACCAGAAACUGCUCUCCUUUGAGAAAGGGGAGCACAAGUCGCAGGAAGUCAUGUGCAUGAAUCCCAGGGGACAGCUUCCAGCCUUCAAACAUGGAGAUAAUGUCCUGAAUGAGUCCUACGCAGCCUGCAUGUACCUGGAGAGCCAGUUCAAGUCCCAGGGAACCAAGCUGAUCCCUGACUGUCCUAAGGGGCAGGCCAUGAUGUACCAGCGCAUGUUUGAGGCUUUCGCACUUACCGACAAGAUGGCCAGUGUUAUCUACUACAACUAUAAGGUCCCAGAAGGAGAGAGACACGACAGUGCUGUGAAGAGAAACCGAGAGACUCUCAAAGCUGAGGCCCAGCUGUGGGAGGGAUACCUGCAGAAGAUUUGUGCAUCAGGACAGGAGUCAUGCUGUUUCCUGGCAGGAAAGUGCUUCUCCCUGGCUGAUGUGGCUGUUUUCCCAAGCAUCGCUUAUCUCUUCCGCUAUGGGUUAUCCGAAGAGCGUUAUCCUAAACUGGCAGCUUACUAUAACUGUCUGAAGGAGCGGCCCAGCAUCAAAGCCAGCUGGCCUCCUACCUGGCUCGAGACCCCUGGACAGGACCUACUGAAGGACCUCUAAGACUCCAGCACUAUCUGACACACUGGACCUGCUCCUGAUGUGUGAUCACUCCUUGCUUUGCACUACUUUAGCUGUGUGCAUUAUUUGGAAAAAAAUAAUGUACAUUUACUGUUACUGCCAUUAUUCUGGUAACAUAAUUAGUUUUCGAUUUCCACUACAAGUAAGACUUUAUAUGCUGUAACCAAAUACAAUAAAAACGAAGUUUCUGCUGGUGCUUUAUUAAAAACCUUGUUGUUAUCAUCAAAGUCUUCUUCCAUUCCAGCUUUUACUGAAACAUGCUCAACACAGGCUUUAAACAAAGGGAGUAAUGUAAUUAAAGGUUUCUAUACCAACAUAUUUUACCAAACGGAUAAAUAAAGGUCUCCGAAAGUAAAGCUGAAA